AUGGAAAUUAUGAGAUGGAAGCCACAGAAGUCUUUGCAGGAUAUACUGGCGACAAAGGCAUCUAAAAGGUCUCCAUUGAUAUUAAGAAUGGUGAUCCUGCUUUUCUCCGUGCAAAUAGAUACUAUUAGAGAGAUUAAUCCUCUGAAAAUCCAAGCAGUCGAUCGGCAAAAUCGAGCUUGUAGAAAUUCACGAAUAGAGGAACAAGAGUUGCCUUAUACUUUGGGAAAAGUGAUUCACACCUUCGAAUGUCUUGAAUGCGCAUGCAAUCCGGUGCGAUUCUUUGCGAUCGUGUCCAUGCAAAGGUCGGGGAGUGGAUGGUUCGAAACAUUGCUAAAUAGUCACAAAAAUUUGAGCUCGAAUGGAGAAAUAUUUGGACUGCGAGAUAGGAGGAAGAAUGUUUCAGUGAUCUAUAAGACACUAGACAAGGGAUUGAUGGAGUACCACAAAGACAUAGCAAAUUACUUGAUGAGAAGAGGAGUCUCCAUUAUAUUUCUUUUCAGGAGAAAUCUACUCCGCCGGAUGGUUUCCUUGCUUGCUAAUAAAUAUGACAAAGAGGCCAAACUAUUGAAUGGUACCCACAAAUCCCAUGCCCAUACACCACAUGAGGCUCAAAUACUAGCAGGAUAUAAGCCAUCUGUCAAUGUUACAAUACUUGUAUCUACAUUGAGGUCUACAGAGAAAACAGUUACAAAAGCUUUGGAGAGCUUCAAAAGCACUCGACACAUUGUUUUAUACUAUGAAAACAUACUUGCAAAUCGAAUGAAACUAGUGGAUGUGCAAGAAUUCUUGAAGUUGCCACAACAAAAUCUUACUAGCCUUCAGCUCAAGAUACACACUGCCCCUCUCCCGAAACAAAUAGCCAACUUCAUUCAAUUCAUAACUCCUCCUGAGCACUGA